AUGCUGCCACCUAGAGCGGCUCAUAACUCCACUGAAGGUUGCCUCUGUGCAUCUGUGUCUGACGCCAAUGAGCUACGACCAAAGAAAAGUCACCUGCAGACACAGCAUCCAGUCAAACUGAGAAUACCAAUGGACACAUCCACUCACUCAACAAGUCUUCUAGACAGUUAUGGAAUUUAUGUAAAUAUGGAGCUCAACUAUGAUGGUUCUCGACUGAGAUCAGACUCGGAAGAAACAGAUUAUCACAAAGAAAAAAAGGAAAGUGACAGUCCAAAAAUCAACCCUCAACCUGAAGGGCAAAUCAACAAUGGAGAACUGUCUGAAAAGGACCAAGCAGUGAAAUGCAUUGUCCUGUCAGAUCCAGGUCUAGUCAUUCGUACUGCUGAGAGACUUCAGGGUUCUGCCUCUGCACUCAUCCCUGAAGUGGAAAGCAGAAAAGCACUUCGUUCUCCAUCCAUGUUGUCAGCUCCUCUCCCACUUCCCAAGAGGUCACCUGCAUGUGAGAAAAAGAAUAAAACUUUGAACUCACUGGCAUGCCAGACAUCUCCAGUAUUGGAUGGAGUCAAAGGUAACAGUCCACACAGGGGUCUUUCCCCGUUGGAAGUACCUGACAUGCACAACUGCACUGCAUCUGGAAUUUUACCAAAAGUGGAAGCAAAACACCCACCACAGCUUCCUCUAAGACCUCUUACUAAAUCACCUAUAAAACCUCCAAGACCCAAUACAUUAAAGAGGGCUGAGACAGAAGAAGGAGAGGGGAGAGUGAGAGGACAGGCAGAAUGGAGUAAAGAACAGAGGAACAGACAGGAGCAAGAUCUAACUGAAAGAAGUCAGAAGACUGAGGUGAAUAAACAAACAUCUGGCAAAGAAUGUCAUUUGGAUGUGGGAAAGCCUCCGCGACAGAUGUUGGUAGUAUUUACAGACAUAGGAACGGAAGAAGAUGUCAGAAAUAUUGGACUGACCUUUCCAACCAUGACAGAAAAUUCAUCCCUGCUAGCUUCGGGAUGCUCAGACCUUACCUCAGAUGUAGAACCUGACAUGGCAGCAACCAACAGAAACUGUACGUCUACAGUUUCAGCAAAAAAAGAAUCAAUAAUUCCACUACAGCCUCCACCAAAACCACCUCAAAAACAUCCCCCAAAACCACCCAUCAAACCUCCACAUCUCUUCAGUGCCAUGAAGUCUGUCAUAGAAGAGGAAAAGGAGAGAAGAAAGCAAGAGGAUGAAGAGUGGAGAGACUUGGUGGAGGAGGAAAGGGAUAAAAAAGAAGGAGACGGAGAGGACAGAGGUAAGGUACACAGAGAUUCCAGAGGUGGCGAGUUGAGCACUACAACCAUGACAGAAAAACCAUCACAACUUGGACAAACAGUAUUGGGGUCUGUCCCCAAAUUCUGUCUCAUGCCUCCUUGUAGAGACAGACCAAGAUCAGUAGUCACAGCUGAGAACCAAACUCUUGAUCGUAAGUCUCAGCACCCAGGAAAUCACCAGAACAAAGCAAAUGGACAGGUCCAAUCUGGUCCACAAGAGGUUCCUUCUCAGAUCAGCCCUACAGGGACAGAUACAAAUGUGGAGACACUCAAAUGGACAGAAAACAGCAAAGAAAUCCAGAUAUCUGGGACAUGGGGACGAGACUCUGAUGUGAUUUCUAAACUCCCAUCUGGAUGGGAGGGGACAAAGGUGGAAGGGACAAAGUUGGAUCCGUUUGAGCUGGGACUGAAGAGCUCAGAGGACGCACAGGAAGUUGAUGGGACACUUAUGCAUGGAGAACCAAAGCAAACAAACCAAAAGACCAACACCAGAGGGAAAGUGAAAAAUCUUGCCAAGAAGAUGAUUGGUAGAUUGAAAGAGGGAAGAGAAGAGAGAAAAAGAACCAAAGCGACAGAGAUGGAAAUGGAGGACAGUGAAUUAACACAGGAUGAAAGGAGGCAUGGGAAGGAAGGAUGGAUGAAUGAUGAGGAGGAAGGGCCGGAUGAAGAUGCUGUGGACCAUUUAGCUCCAACAGAGACACAGAGACACGUGGACCUGAUGGAGAGGAGGAUUAAAGGAGGACAUGCAACAUCUUACAGUCCUUUCGCCUCCUUCGAAGUGGGCAGUCCAGUGAAGCUGGUGGAGGAGCUGCUGACAGGUGAUGAGAGGUUCCAGUUCCUGAACAGAGACCAGAGCUCCACACCUGACCCCCCUGACACAGAAGAGCCCAGUGCUGACCUCCAGUUCACUCUGGAUGAGUUUGAAGGAAACUCCUCUGUCUCAAAGGAGGAAUCUGUUUAUGAGAUUAUCGAUUGUUCAGAUAUGAUGACAGAGGAGAGCCAAAUAUAUGAGCAACUGGAUCUGAACAGAGCGCCCAGUCCAGUACCGCAGAGUGAAACCAGUGAAACCAUUCCACUGACCCCCAGGACCAAAAACAUUUAUGACACAGUGAAGUUUUUCCCGCCUGCACAGCCUACAGUCACACACAUGACCUUGUCUGAUAUAAAGUCUCAGGGAGUUCUGGACAGUUCAGUUCAGAAGUAUCUCAUCAAGCUGAGCAAGAAGAGGAAACACAGAACAGGACGGAGACAACGUGGUGACAGGAGCAACGACGUCGUCAGGGGGUCUCUGUCCUCCACCACUCCACAGCAAAUCUUCCCUGCCUCCGUCUUCUACUGCGUCCCAGCUGCAGGAGGAGAGGUGGAGCAGCAGCUCUCUGCGGUGAAGUGUGGAGGAAGCAGCCCCAGAAGUCUGGCCAAGUUAAAGAUACCUCUGAAAGAUAAAACCAUCCCAAGAGUAGCGCAGCCGAAGGAGGACAGAGGGAAGUAGAGGACGCUUCGCCAUUUUAUUCAGUGUGUUACAGUGUGAUGUUAGCGGUUUUUGUACAACAAAGCUAAAACAAUAUACUUUUCUGCUCUGAUCUCUAAUAUACCAGUGCUAACUUUUUUUUAUGCUAAUAAAUUUAAUUGGAUGUUAUUAUGCAUUUAAAAAGAAACAAAAUUAAUCUAAGCCACCAUCACAUCUACAUCAUAACCAUUCAAAUUUAAAUGACUGGUAGUUAAUGAGAAAUACAGCACUACUUUAAAUACAGAGAUGCAAACACAUGUAGAUAUGUAUUUAUUUAUGUUUCAAAUUAUUACCAACAUCUACUUAGGCUAUUUAUUCAUUCACUGCAUUUGUAACUAUUUGUACAUGUAUUUACCUCAGUGUUUAUGCAUAUAUUUUGUGUUUCAUUUGUUAAUUGAAGGAUUUUCUUUCUGCAUUUAUAAUUUUUCAUACUCUGUACUUGAAUCUCUGCUUUCUUAUAAAGAUUUCACUGUUAAAUCUGGAAAAUUAGAAAUUAUAUGAAAUGUAUAGAAUAUAACUGCUCUUUGAUUAUUCACAGUUGGAAUUAUAUUUGUCUUUCUAAGUCAUGUACACCAUAAAAGGUGCAGCUGUUUCACUUUAGUUUGUGGACAACAGAGGGCACUGUUGCUGCUUCAUUGAACACAGUUAACAGAGGAGCUGCUCCUCUCAUACAGUCACACAGGCCUUUCUCACAGCACAGGUGUUACUGAUGACACUAACGAUGGCUCUAUUCUAUCCUAGUGCUCCACUGAGAGUUACACUGAGUCAGCAUGCACGAUACCAGGACCAAGAAAUCAAUGGAGCUCAAUGGAAUUCAGCUGUAAUUAAUUUAAUUAUUUACACCUGUGCUUUUACCACUGUGACAAGUCAACAUGUCAUCCAUGACAAAAAGCCUGCAGUUUGUGUUUUCACUUUGGGAAAGCAGAGCAAAAAGGAGCGGGUUCAAACAGACAAUUUUCAUUUUUUGGUCUCUCUUAUUAGAUAGUCACCAAAAUAUCAGACAUCAUAUCCUCAGAAUAAAAUGUGCUCUUAAUAAAACACUUCAAAGUUUCAGGUUCAGGUUCAAAAUGCUUUUGGUUUAUUAAAUUACAUGGAAAGCAAAGAUAUGAGGGCUAUUAGAUAUGAUGAAUGUACAAUACAGGUGUUGUUCCAUGAGCCUUUACUGAGCAGGGUUUAAUGUCUUUUUUGUUUGUUUUCCAGAAAUCUACCUACCCAAAGUCAAACUGUAUGUGCCCCUAUAUAAAUUGUUUUAUUUAUAAACAGUUAUCAAAUAACAAAAGAUUAACUGGGACCGCUGUGCCACGUGCAACUCUCAACAGAGAUGAGAAGGAAGCAGCGUUCAUCUUCUCCAGAAACGUUUCUUUUUUU